AUGAAGGCAGAGACCAUCAAUGCCAGCUGGAAGAAUUUGUGGCAUGAAAUUAUCCAUGAUUACAAAGGAUUCACCCCAGGAGAUAUAAGCCAAGUGGCAGUUGAGUCGGAUGAGGGCUCUCAAGCAACAUCAACAUACACCAGUCAAAUUGACAUGGAACGCUUUCGUAAACUUUUGGCUGCUGAGGAAGAGAACUUGAAGAAUGCUUGUGCCACACCAAACCAACAUGAUAUUUUUGCCAAAAUUCAAGCUGAUAGUGAGUCUGACAAAAACACAAUCACUCCUGACACAAGCUUGUUUGGGGCUCCCAAUUCUGCUGUUAAUGAUACAAAGAAAGUGAAUAGGGUCCGGAAAAUAAUCGCUGAAGAUCCUAUACAAUCAGGAACCCAAGUUGUAUUGGAUGGAACUGUUCCUGCAGGACUUAGCCUUUCCGAUUUGAAAAAGGUGCUUGAGGAACUUCAAUCAGAAAUGGAACUUUAUGAACAGAACACUGGAAGAAUAACAGCUGAGAAGGAACACAGGGAAACAUUUUCCGGAUACACAAUGGCAUUAUUGAGUUCUGUUAUUAAACUUUCACGUUAUCUGAGAGAGACAGAAGAAAAAUUACAAGCUGAAAAGAAAACUCGAGAUGUUCUUGCUGCAGAAGUGUCAGACCUAAAAAUUAUUGUGGAUGCGCUAACAUCGGAUUUAAUUCAAACUCAGGAGAUGUACCAAAAUUUGGAAAGUGAAUUACGGAAUUAUCAACAGAGAAUGGAUCAGGAAAUCUGCUUGUUGAAGAGGCAAGCUGGAUUUCCAUUGUCUGACUGCUGUAAGGAGGAAAAUGUUUCACCCGCAUCAUCAUUAGCAGCAGCUGCAUUACCCUCAUUACCGCAAACAUUAAUACCACCACCUCACCUUUCUACCACAAAUAAAUAUGAAAUGGAAGCAAGGAAUAUGAUCAGGAAAACAAAAUCUUUGGAACCUGAAAACUCUGAGAACCACCCAGGAUUAAAUCUUAAUAAGCAAAUAGAACCUUUCUUCCCAGUUUUUCAAUCUGCCUUUCAGCUGUCACCCCCAGUGCAGAAGACUCGUGUAUUUACCCAAAAUGGAACAGGACAGCAGUUAUCACUGGUUGGCAUUGAAGAACUUGCUCUGAAUACACCAUCCCAUGUUGGCCAGCCUCAAAAAGUUCCUUCCAUUCAAGCUUCAGUCCAUCAAGCUCUUCCCAAACAACAUGUCACAGAUAUUGUCAUUUCAAAAACCAUACAACUUGAGACAAAUGACUCGCCACUGGACCCACUCACUGCAACGACAGUCUCUCUCUCUCUCUCUCUCAACGUCACUCUCGUCUAA